CACAUACAUUCACAAUGAUCGCUAUAGGGUUAGAGGGCAGUGCCAACAAGAUUGGCAUUGGUAUUGUAUCCCAUCCAGAGCCCAACAAGCCUCCCAUUGUCCUUUCAAACUUGCGACACACAUACAAUUCCCCACCAGGCGAAGGCUUCCUUCCAAAAGACACAGCACUACACCACCGAGCAUGGGUUGUACGGUUGAUCAAGCAGGCCGUGAAGCAAUCUGGUGUUAAGAUUGAGGAUAUCGACUGCAUAUGCUACACCAAAGGGCCAGGAAUGGGCGCACCACUGCAGAGCGUGGCGCUUGCAGCACGAACUAUCAGUUUGCUCUGGAAUAAGCCUAUGGUGGGCGUGAAUCACUGUGUUGGACACAUCGAAAUGGGCCGUUCAAUAACUCACGCUGACAACCCUGUCGUCCUCUAUGUCUCUGGCGGUAACACACAAGUCAUUGCCUACUCCGCACAACGAUACCGUAUAUUCGGUGAGACCCUCGAUAUUGCGAUAGGGAACUGCAUAGAUCGGUUCGCACGUACGCUUAUGAUACCCAACAACCCUUUCCCCGGAUACAACGUCGAACAGCUGGCAAAGAAAGGCAAAAAUCUUGUAGACUUGCCAUAUGGUGUGAAGGGCAUGGAUGCAAGUUUCUCGGGGAUAUUGGCGGCGGCUGAUCUCCUGGCACGAGGGCUGGACGAGACGCUGCCUGAUGAGAAGAGGCUUAAGACUGAGGAUGGAGAGCUGGUGACAAGAGAGGAUAUGUGUUUUUCGCUGCAAGAGACAAUCUUUGCUAUGUUGGUCGAGAUCACAGAACGCGCCAUGGCUCACGUUGGGUCACAACAGGUUCUGGUUGUGGGGGGUGUUGGAUCGAAUGAGCGAUUACAGCAGAUGAUGGGCAUGAUGGCACGAGAUCGAGGAGGCAGCGUCUUUGCGACUGACGAGCGGUUUUGCAUCGAUAAUGGCAUCAUGAUCGCACACGCUGGACUGCUGGAAUAUUCUACAGGUAUCGUUACGGUCCUAGAGGACACAACAUGUACACAGAGAUUCAGGACCGAUGAAGUUUUUGUAGGGUGGAGG